CGGAGACGUAAGAGGGACGUAAAAGCAUAGGGGGUGCGGAUCAGUCAGUGCGCGGCGGGGUGCGCUUCUCGAUGCAGGUCAUGAUUUUGCUCCAGGUGAACGUGCAACGAAAUAUCCAGAAUCCAUUCGACAACAUCAACGAGACUCUGUUACUUUUUCACAGAUUCGCGUAUUUUUGCAAUAUCUUUGCCGACGAUCUACCCUGAACACACCAGUACAACCGAAGCCAAGUAAAUUCUUACAGUGGAAGAGAAGAGAAUUAAAUAUGAGGUUGCUUCACGACUAUGUUUUCUGGCGAAAAACAAAAUUUUUCUGUCAGCAAGAAAAACCGGUUAAUGGUGGCCCAACCAUCGAUUGCCCCGUUAUACUGUACCCGUACGUAGCAGCAUGGCUCCACGAUACAGGUAGCGACAAUUUACAUUUUUUAAGAAAAUUUUUUGUUCUUCAAUAUAUAUUUGCGUAUCUCAAAUUAAUAAUGUCUAGUAACAAUCGAUAGUUAUUUUUCUAUUUCAUAAGAAUUUACAUAUGUGUAUAUAUUUUGCGCAAUAAUGACUUGUGUUAUUGAUGCAGAAGACCCAUUAUGCUUUUAAAGCGUCUAUCUUAAUUCGUAGAAGAACCUUGAAGGAUAUCUAAUUUUUAUUCCCAAGUAUGCGUAGGAUAGAUACUCUUUAUAUAAAUAUAUACAUAUAUAAGUUACACGCUUCGAACUCUGCAACAGUUGAGAGUAAGCUUGUUGCGUCAGCCUGUUGAUUACAUGUACUUGAGUUCGCAUUAAUAUUUUCACCAAUUUGAAGCUUCUUUUUACACACGUUUCUGGUGGCAUUAGUGUUGAAAUAAUCAGAACGUUUCGAAGUGGCAAACUGAAGGUUUAGAUCGUUAAUUAGAUAUUACGAUGUUAUAUAGCGUAAAUAAGCGUCAAAAUGUUAUUUAGUUUUAGCUAGAAUGGCUGUGAUAGGAUCAAGUCAUUCAAGAAUAUAAAAUAUUCCAAUAGAUUCUUGAAUGUUUUGAUUAUAACGAGCUCAUCGAUAACAUAUAUUGUGUUUUGCUUAUAUUUUGGAGGGAUCUCAAUUUUUGCCGAUUGUAAUUUUAUCUUCCUUUGCCUGCAAGGAGUACGCUUGGAGCUGUUUAAAAUCAAUAGCAAGGUUAAAGGCCUCUGCACACCGAAAGUAGUACAACAGAUCUGUUCUUGCAAUCUCGUAUCGUUGUCGCAUAUAAAGGAGUUAUAUAAAAUAUUAGGAAUAUUAAACGUAUCGUGUAUACGUCUGUUUCCCUCUUUAUCUCGAAUUUAUUCCAUUUCAUACCUAUGAUCAUAUUUAUUCUAUCGCAUUCGUUGUGUACGGACCUUUCCCUUUAAGAGGCUCACACAUAGUGCAAUUUUUUCCGUUUGGUGGAAAUAGAUAUAAUGUGUCGUUACGUUCAUUUCCUUAUUCUAAAUCAUUCUUUUCGAUAGAUUAAACCGAUUCAGCACGUUAGAAACAUGGAGUAGCAUUUUCUCUCAAUGGAGUAACAACCAGUGACCGGUUAUAAUUAGAGUAGAAUUUUAGUAGGUCACUUCGAUUAAAUGGAUGUUCGAAUAAUACAAUAUAUUUAUUAUUUAAUGAAAAAAAUGUUAGAAAAUUGAUGAUCAUUCGAUUGAUCAGAUUAUUUCAUUGGGGAUAAAUAGUCAUUUUCCCCAAUAAUAUCAUUUUCAUGAUGAAUGAAUACGUUCAAAUAAGUUACUUACAUCGAUUUUUGCCAAUUCAAGUAAGAGAUUUAAUCUAUUGGAUAUAUUAUAAAAUUUCAGAGGCAGAUCUCACUAACCGAUCCACCGAUUUUUUUUUAUCGUCGAUCAUUGAAUUAAGUUAAGCUUCGAAUUUCGUUUGCAACUUAACGACAAGGCUUCAGGCCUCAAGUGAUCAGUUUCUCCCUCCAUACUCGUAUCCCACUUACCCUCGAGUGGAACAACGGUGGACGUAUUGAGUUCGAGUAUGAAAGGGAACAGCGAGAAAAGAGGGGGUAACGAGCCGGAGACCAACUCGAGCCCGCUGACCACUUGUCCAAGAUAGCUGCCGAUCGAUCAGGCUAUCUCAUUAUUGUGAAAUCUCCUUACCGUUGAUGUGUACAUGCAUACAUACAUAUACAAACCAAUCGCUUUUAAUUGAACGUUAAUUGAUUUCCGGUUUUUACAAAAAUACUUCAAAAAAUCGAACAGAACGAUGUUUAAUAUCCAUAUACUACGUACAUAUAUCUGAACUCGAAGAAUGUUUCUUAGAGUUUUGCUCGGAAUUGUUACGUUUUAUAUAUUUUUUUUCUUUUUUUUUUUGUAAUAAUAUAAAAAUAUAUAAUUUCAAAUAUGAUGGAUUCAAUGAUAAUGAUUUUAUGAGACAAAUGGCUACAGCAUGAGGUCCCGUAUGCGGUUACCAUUCGUCCAUUGGUUCACUGAAUUUUUCAUCUUUCAAAUUAUACUUUUUUAUGUUUAGACUAUAAUUAUAUUUUGUUAUUAUUAGCUUGUAACCUUAACGCGAGUAUACGACAAUUUUCGUUUAUAUCAAUUAUUAGAAAAAAAAAAAAAAAGAUUACAUCGAUCUGAUCGAGUUUGCUAAUAAUUUCCGAUGAAAUGAUUGAAUUACGAAGUAUCUUGAACUGCGAUACCUUUAACUGUUAGCGAGUGAUAUCGAGAAUGAAAAUAUUUUGGAAAAAAUCGUUGGAAGAUACCUAGACAAGUAUACGGAUUAUUUUUAUUGAAAAAAAAUAAUUGCAGGUUAUCAACCUUCAGCAUUCAUCGUAUUCUCAUGGAAAAUGUCAUGAUAACACGUGAGUUCAGUGCUUGCGGAACGAGGAUUACCAUCUUCGAUUUGUAUUAUCUACCGAUGAUGUAUUUCCGAAGACGGAUUCAUCCAGGAUUUUCUCUGUUCGAUCUUAUGGAUGAACGAAUCUGGUUAAUUCGUUCAUCUAAUACAAAUGAAAACUACUGGACCGUACGUUCGCGUCAACUAAUGUUUGUUGGAGUGUCAACGUAUGAACCUGAAUUUUGAGGAAUUCGGUAAUCGUUCCAUAUAUGUUAAAGCAAUUUGUGCAUUGGUACUGGAAUUUGAUACUUUUUCUGAGAAGUAUCAUAAAAAUUUCAUCAAGAUUUCGUCAAUAUCGUUAAUCUCGUAUCAUUAUUUUCCUAUGCUUCCAUUAUUUAAUACCAAUUGCUUUAAGAUAAUACGAAAGUUACUGACUUCUGUAUUUCCUAAUUACAAUUUUUAUUUUUCAACAUACAUUACAAUGACCUAUAAUCACGCAAAUUAUUUUUCAUUUCGCAAGGGUCCUGAAACGAGAGACUCUCGGCGAUAUUUAUUUGCAAAAUAAUAAAUUGCCUUUCGAAACUUCUCACGUAAUUUUGAUUCAUUUUUUCUCGAUACUACAAACUUUAUUUUUUCUUGUCAUUAUCUUCUGUUGCUGUUUUAGAUGCAAAGAUAUUUAUGCUUUGGAGAUUAUAAAAUGUUAUCACAAUAAAAAAAUCUUUUUACUGCUGACAGACAUCGAAAAAACAAAAUGUCAUUCCCCAUUGUUAUGAAAUAAUAACUAUAGAAAUUAUACGAGUUACUUUCGUUGCUGGUGUCAAACGGAAUGGCCGCCACUGUGAACUUUCAAUCGAUAUCGUUGAAUUAAACCGAUCCUAAAUAUACAUAUUUGAGCUUUCGUAUACAAUAACUAAAAGAAAUCAUUUCGAUUAGAAGUUUAUUAUACACUGUCUCGUCAUACCUAAAUCAAAUUUGAUUAUAUCAUCUAAUGUAACUAUAAUUUUGUUAAUAUUUAUUUUUCCUCUUUUUUUACAGGACAAUUUGACGAUCGGUGAUGAAGAUCUACCUGAAGAGGCUUUCACGUUGCUGUCGGUGCUUCUAGUUGGUUCGCCAAAUUUCAUAUUUGACUAAAAUUAAUUUGACAUAGAUGAGAGAUACCGUAUAUACUUUGCGCAAUAAUUUAUCAACCAGCAAAACUCCCUUCCGUAUUCAUCAUUUUCAAUCCUACCUAUCGUUCUCCCAUAUUUACUCCUAUAUAUACCUGUACCAUACAAAACGUUUUCAAUUCAGACUAAUCCUUUUCCGAUAAACAAUCCAGUUUUGCCCUACUUUUAAUUCUUAUCAGAGCUGUCAGAACGAAGAAAGGAUUAUUUUUGCACGACAAUAGGUGCUGCAUAUACACGCGUACGCAAAACAAAUUCUGAUUCUACAACUCUGUACUACGAUUAGGCAAACCACCUCGUUAUAUUUUAUGUGUAUGUGAUGUUCUAUUUCGAUCUCUCUAUUGCGCAUCGUAGUAAGUAAGAGCAAGAAAGAUAGGUAUAUUCAGACCUAUUAUUAAACAGGCUAAAAGAAGAUGUUUAUAUAAAACACGAACACUUUUCACAAUAUAUCGUUAUUUAGAAAUUCAUCGAAUUUCUAUUAAUUUUCCAGAUACGUAUCUAAUAGUUACUAACGGAGAAACAGCAUACGGUUGAAUAUUAUUAAACGAAAGUAUAUAAGAAACUUGAGAAAUAUUCAUUCAUCGAUUUUUAUUUGAAUUUUUCAGGAUUCCUGCUCCUGAUACUUGUAUUUUUAUCAGUCGCUGGCAAUGUCCUAGUUUGUGUAGCGAUUUACACUGACCGGGGGUUGCGAAGAAUAGGAAACCUAUUUCUAGCAUCCCUCGCGAUUGCUGACCUCUUCGUCGGUUGCUUGGUGAUGACAUUUGCCGGCGUAAAUGACCUCCUUGGAUACUGGGUCUUCGGCACGCAAUUCUGCGAUACUUGGAUAGCUUUCGACGUUAUGUGUAGCACUGCCUCUAUAUUGAAUUUAUGCGCCAUAUCUCUUGAUCGCUACAUCCACAUCAAGGAUCCGCUUAGAUACGGCCGCUGGGUAACAAGAAGAAUUGCAACUGCCGGGAUCGCUGUUGUGUGGCUAUUAGCAGGUCUCAUUUCUUUCGUGCCGAUCAGCCUGGGUCUUCAUAGAGCAGAUCAGUUCCUGGUUUAUAAUGAUGGGAAAGAGGAACAUCCGACUUGCGCCCUGGACCUCACCCCUACCUACGCAGUGGUAUCCUCUUGUAUCUCUUUUUACGUUCCUUGCAUGGUAAUGCUCGGAAUCUAUUGCAGACUCUAUUGCUACGCGCAGAAACAUGUCAAAAGUAUUCGCGCCGUCACGAAGAUACCGGAAGUAUCUGUAGGAAAGAGCUUCCGUACAAAGAGUCGUUACAAGCCACCAAAACCGCAAAUGAAGUCAAAGCCGACCAGUCCGUAUCAUGUGUCCGAUCAUAAAGCAGCAAUCACCGUAGGCGUCAUCAUGGGCGUCUUUCUUAUAUGCUGGGUUCCAUUCUUCUGCGUUAACAUUGUUGCAGCCUACUGUAAAACCUGCAUAUCAGUGCAAGCAUUCCAAGUACUCACAUGGCUUGGCUAUAGCAACUCGGCCUUCAACCCGAUCAUCUACAGUAUCUUCAAUACAGAAUUCAGAGAAGCGUUUAAAAGGAUCCUAACGAAGGGUGUGCGCUCCCGAGGAAAUCAACCUUCUACUAGUGAAUGUGGUGAAUUUCGAUCUAUAGUGAUACAAAAACAUAAUGGCUCUAUGAUCGAGUGUAACAUCAGUCCGAGAUCGAGCGCGGACAGUUCUCACGUUGGGGUUAUAGCUCAGGUACAUCGAGAUACUAUAGCCAGUGCAAUAUAAAAGAAAAAUAUGGCUUGCGAAAAGACUCUUUGCAAAAGUUUUAUGUUCCUAUGGCCUCGUAAAUACAUGUAUAUCUAUAAUGAGUAUUCGGUUAUUUUCCAAAGGACCAUCGGUGUUGAGAGAAGCGUUUGUCAUUAAGCUCAUUCGUGCAACAUGACGAUCGUCGGAAUUGUCUCUUGCUCUUUACGAUUACUGUAAUUCAGGUGCUUUUUUUUUUUUUUUAACUAACUCCGUCUACGUCGGGCCUUGGAAAAACAAUAUACAAAAAAAAAAAUAAUAAAAGAAUUGAUAUAUGUAUGUAAAUGCAAUUUUUCUUGGUCGGAGUAUAGAUCUAUACGGAUGAAGAAAUUUUGUCAAAAAGAAUCUCAUAUCAAGUAUUAGUUGCUAAUCAUAGUUACUGUACGUACUGUAUGCUUAUUCUUGGGACUGUAAUUAUAGCGCUAGUGCUUAACUAAUCCGAAAAUGUAUAAUUAGAUUAGUAGAUAGAAGUUACAUGAGUGAGAUAUGGAGAUAUAAAGUUUAAAUUAUAUUAGAUUCUUAGAAAGAUUGAAAUAAAUUCAGUGCGUAGAGACACCGGACUAUGUACAAACCGAAAGUAAUUUAAAUAAAUAGUUAGUAUGUUUUGUUCUUCCAAAAA